AUGAGCGUUAAGAACCCAAGCUUAGGAUGGGAGCGGCUACAGGAUGUGUAUUAUAGAAAUAGAGAACUCUGCAAAUUAAGCAUACCACCUGGAACGGAAUUUAAGCUCAAACUAACAACCACGUUACUUGCUGUCGAGGCGGAUAAUUUUAUUGAGAUAUUCCACUACGGAGGCCAAAGCCUUGCUAGGAUUGAUUUGAACACAGCACCUACCAAAAUUAUAUGCUAUGAUUUUGAUUACGAAGACGAAGGAUCUCUCAUAAUGGCCCUUAGUGAUCGAAUAAGGGUUUACUACAACUGGUAUCCGAUGCAGUUUCGAGACUAUCUUCUACCCGAUCAUAUUGAAGACACUAUAUGGGAUUACAAAAAUCGGGUAGUAGUGCUUUCUUCAUCUCAGGACCUCUAUAAGUUUGAUGGGCAGCAAAUAGUUAGAAUCUGUGAGAACAAUGAACGUUUCACGCUACUGACCAAAAACCACUGGGAUUGCAACGGUAAAUUAGCUGUAUUAUUGGGUUUUGAUCGUAUCUUCCAUCUUUCGGUUGAGUCGCAGAAGCUGGAGGCAGAUAACGUUGAAGAAGCAUGGCAUUCAGUGGUAGUAUCCCCCCAGGGCCUGGUAUGCUUAUACAAUGCAAAGUCAUACGGGUCGAGGAUUUACAAGAAGGGCAGUAUCUUGCCAAUGGACAUAAUGCUAGAGUCCCAUCCUGAGAAAAUACUCUGGUGUGCAAACGAUACAAUUGCAUGUUCAUUCAAUGGCGAUGAGAUCAAGCUUUAUGGUCCAGACUCCUCCAGUGUUACAUUUUGGUACCCAGAAGGGCUACUUGAAUUGGAAACAGAUUCAAGAGGACUUAGAGUGGUUACCGCCGAUAAGGUUAACUUUAUUUCUAGAGUCGGCAAAGAAACAGCGAGUGUCUUUCUGAUGGGGUCGACGGAACCUGGCUCAAUUCUAUUAGAUUCCGUGACCUUUUUAUCAACCCAAACCCCUCGCGCAGUUGAAAACCUCAAGAUAAUCAAUCUUGAUCAAGGUGUUGCCGAGUGCUUGGAGGCCACACUUGAUGAAUUAGAACCAUACUGGCAAAAAAAACUUCUCUCUGCGGCCGUUUUUGGUAAGAGCUCUCUUCCCAGAGAGUCCCAGAACUCCAGUCUUUUUGUUGACGCGUGUGAUAAAGUUAGGGUUCUCAACAUGCUAACCGAAAAGGGAAUAAUACUCACGGCUAAACACCUAGAACUACUUGGUAUAGAUAAAUUGAUAUCCCGGUUGAUCAAAUCAGGGAACUUCCAUGAGAGCGUCAUGAUUUGCAAAUUUCUCAAAGUACGUGGCAAGCUACCUAAGAUUUUUUCAGCGUGGGCAAGUGCUAAGAUCCUAUUGUCUUCCGAUUUAGAUGACGAAUCCAUUUUGGAAUCCAUUGUGAAGCUUGCUGAAAGCCUACCCGUCAAAGUUUCGAUGGCUAGUGUGGCUACUACCGCAUUCAAUGAGGGUCGGCCAACCCUAUCUAAGAAAUUGGCAAAAAGAGAGCCAUUGCCCGCAGUUGAACUCUCAUUGCUUCUAGAGCUUGACGAAUGUGAACUUGCUUUGGAUGAGGGGCUACGGCUCGGAAUCCCUGAAAUGACACUAUCGGUUUUGUUGACGCUCAAAGAACGGCUUACUGUUGCUCAAUUCACUAAAAUUAUUAUGUUGAUAAUGCGAGAGGACCAGCUCUUCGCAUAUUUUUGCAGAAAUGACGUCAACUACUUAAUUGACUUUUAUCGUCAAGCAGAUCAGCUUCCUGAUCUCGCUUACGCCUUGUGGCUUCAAGGCGCUUCCCGGGGGACUUCAAGUGAGUGCGUACCACUAGUAAAGGAACUUUACAACAGAGUUGCUAACGAUUCUCUGUUAAAAAAUGAUCAGAGCAUUUUAGAAAGGCAGGUUUCGGUCGUGGAGUUCCAGAAGUCCUUGGAACAAACUCAUCAACUCAGCGUAAUUAAUUCAAGUUUGGACGAUACACUGAGACAGUUGAUAACCAAGCACCUUGACAAGCAGUUGGCAUCCUGCGUCAAAAAAUUUAGGAUACCGGAAACCAAGUUAUACCACUUGAAGUGCCAGGUUCUGAGUGAACAGCAAAGAUUUGACGAUCUUCACAAAUUUGCGCUAGAAAAGAAGUCGCCCAUUGGUUACAUCCCUUUUUUUAAAAGUUGUCUUCGGCAAAAACGGAAGAAGGAAGCUGCAAUCUACGUUCGCAUGAUAAGUGGAGCUCAAUAUGAUAAAAAACUCGACAUGUAUUUGCAGUGCGAAUCGUUUUACGACGCAAUUCAAUUAGCGGCUAAAGAAAAAGAUAUCCCAAAUCUCAAGAGAGUUUACAAGCUCGUCCCCCCAAAUGAGCCACAGCUAAAAGCACUUAUCACAGAACAUAUGGAUAAGUUUGGCAGUCAACGCUAG